CUUGUAUAGAACCCGUUAGCUUACUUGUAGGCUAAGUAAGGCCCUUGAUAAGAAAAAUGGAACUCUGUCAUAACUUAUUUUUACAGGGAGCGAUAGCUAAAAGAUGUACGGCAGAAGAAAAAUGGGUUGAACUCGCUAAUGAAUGUAAUGCAAUUUUCUCGGUGGAGUAUAAACUUGAAGAUUACAUCAGAGUAGUAAAUGCCCAUCUUUCUUUUUUAUCUUUGGAAAUUCGUAAAAAUGUUUCGGAGACGAAUUUCCAUACAUAUUUAGCUUUGGUAAACUUGAGGGGAGAUGCUUUAACUAAAAAGGCCUCUUCCUAUAAUUCUAAAGAAUUGGAAUUGUUUGAAAUAGCACUUCAAUCCAUUAUUAAUUCAUCCACUGGUUCUGUUUCUUCUAUAGAACUUUUAAAUAAAGCUGCCAGCGAAAAAAAUUGGUUAAAAAAAGAAGCUUCCAAAAGCCUCGACAAAUUCGUUGAGGACUUGUGGCUAGAAGAUUUUGAGUUCAAACUUUAUAUGGGAUCUUUUUCUAUAGCUCCGAGAACUUUUAUGGAACUACAAUUGUACCUUCAAAAUUCCUUUCAUAAUCUUGAAUCAUGCGCUCUUUGCAGAGAUGUUUGCAUUAAAGGAAAUUUCUGCAGUUCUCCAUCGUGCAAAGUUAAAGCUCAUGACUUUUGUUCACAUCCACGCUGUGUUUCAUGCGGCGCUACUUGGCCAUGGCCAGUUGUGGGGGAGCCCUUGCUAUAUAAGAAAGGAAGUUUUGCUGAGGUUUUUCCGGAGGACAGAGUUAGAAGAGUUCGUGUUAAGGAAGAGUAAAGAAAAGAG